AACGUGUGCGCUGCGGUCACACUCAGUCUGCAAGAAAAAGAAAUUACACACGCGCGCUUGUAUUUCGGCUCGUAUUAAAAAACAUAAAACAGUAAAGUAAAAAAUAGCUUAGGACCGCGAAAAAAACAAUUGUGUUUACUAGUAAAAAAUAUAUAUACAUCGUAUACUUAACUCAUCUAUCGGCACAACUCUAGUGCGAGUGCGACAGCAAAACAGGCCGAGUGCAGCAGUGCGAUUGCAGCUAAGCGGAGGGGAAAACCAAAGAAGUUUUUAAUUCCAGAGUGGAAUUAAUUCUCGAGCGGUUAAAACCCCAAAUAAACGAUAAACUGCCGUAUAGUCAUGGAACCCUGGAACGGCUAAUAGAACAGGAAGGGAGUUUUCGGCCCCGCAACAAGAACAACAACAAGAGACAGUGGAAGAACAAGACUGCGACGGCCACUCCUUUUGUGUCCGACUUCGAGAUGUGUGCGUGUUCGUGUCCGCGUCCGCCUUUGUGUGUCGAGCAAUUGAAAACUGGUGAUUGCUGAAUAAAUUAAGGUAGCUAAAUUAAUAAUUAGCGAAGCGAGUGGGGCAAUAAAAAGUGAAAAUCUUCUGCGUUUUCGUAAAGCGAAAGAAACUACAGCUACAGUUAGAAGAGAUAAGAAGAGCUCUCGCGCACACACAUACGCAUACACCAAAGCGCAGGCCGAACGAACGAGUGUGCGUGCGUGUGAAUGUGUUCAUGACUCACGGCUGGUUCAGUGAGAGGGAGACAAAGGUAAAGAGAGCGAGAGCGAGAGUGGUGGCUUGAGUAACAGUAACAAAACUAAAGGCAAACAACAACAAAUCCAAAUCCGCUGAACGUUUAGAAUUUUUCAAGUCGAGCGUAACUAAACGCAUUGGAAGAAAAUCCCCACGACCGCACACAUCUUUACAAAGGGGAGAGAAAGAAAGCUACUGGAAAGAUGAGCUUCACCAAGUGGUUCAAGAAGAAGGGCGGGGAUGGGGGAUCGAUCUCCGAGAUCGGUGCACCCACAAACUUCCAGCGACACUUCCAUGUCUCGCGCAACCAGGAGACUGGUGACCUGGAAGGCCUUCCAGCGCCCUGGGUGCGCCUGAUGAACCAACAGAUCACUCGCGAUGAGCAGGACAAGAAUCCAGAUGCCGCCUACCAUGCCGUCAAGUACUACAACUACUCGAUCAAGAAGAAGGAGAACGAGGUCUUCAAGCCCUUCAUCACCGAGGACGUCAUCCACGAAGAGUCCAAGGAGAUCGAGAACUAUGUCAACUACAAGAACAAACACAAGUCUCAGGACCCCGAGAAGUCCGACGACGAUGGCAGCUCCACGGCCACGGAGACGGAGAGCAGCAGCGGAUGCGGCUCCUCGGCGGGAAAUAGCAACAGCAGCAGCAUCAACGACAGCAGCCAACAGUCGACGGUCCGGCUGGACGCCUUGGAGGAGGUGUUCAAGGAGCUUAAGUCCAAUCUGGAGCAUCGUGAAACGCUAAAGGCGGCGCCACAGGAGCCGCCACCAGUGCCUCCCAAGAAAUCGCCACAUGCCAUGCCGCCCAAGCCGCAGAUCAAGCCGAAACCCCGGGUUACCCAGAAGUUCUCACGCACCUCGGACCUACGGCAGGAAGAGGACUCCGACAACCAGCACAAGAUCAACACGGACACCAUCAUCAUCAAACCAGCCGGCAAUGCCCAGGAUGCCGAUGACAAUCCGGACGAGACGAUACUCCGUCGUUCCAAGGAGAAGCGUGCCCAGAAGACCGAUGCCGAGAUCUACGAUGAGCUGCGGGCCAUUUGCAAUCCAGAGGAUCCAAGGGAGCGCUACAAGACCACACAGGAGGUGGGCAAAGGUGCCUCCGGCAUAGUCUUCAUAGCCGGCGAUUUGCAGAACGAAUCACAGGUGGCCGUCAAGACCAUCGACAUGAAGAACCAGUCCUCCAAGGAUCUCAUACUCACCGAAAUCCGGGUGCUUAAAGACUUCAACCACAAGAACCUGGUCAACUUCCUGGAUGCCUACCUGCUGGAGCCCGAGGACCAGCUGUGGGUGGUCAUGGAGUAUAUGGAUGGCGGCCCCCUGACCGACGUCGUUACCGAGACUGUGAUGAAGGAGCGACAGAUCGCCUGCGUUUGCCGCGAGACGCUCUAUGCGAUCAGCUUUCACGCCAAGGGCAUCAUCCACCGGGACAUCAAGUCAGACAAUGUGCUGCUGGGCAUGGAUGGCUGCGUCAAGGUAACAGACUUUGGCUUCUGCGCCAAUAUCGAGGGCGACGAGAAGCGCCAGACGAUGGUGGGCACACCGUACUGGAUGGCGCCCGAGGUGGUCACGCGCAAGAAGUACGGCAAAAAGGUGGACAUCUGGUCCAUCGGCAUCAUGGCCAUCGAAAUGAUCGAGGGCCAACCGCCCUAUCUGUACGAGACUCCGCUCCGCGCCCUCUACCUGAUCGCCGCCAACGGUCGGCCGGACAUCAAGUGGGACAAGCUCAGUCCCAACCUCCAGGACUUCCUCGAUCGCUGUCUCCAGGUGGAGGUCGACCGAAGGGCCACCGCCGACGAGCUACUUAGCCAUCCCUUCCUCAACGACUGCAGCGAGGUCAAGGCUGUGCCCAACAUCAAGGCCGCCAAGAAGGUACUCCGACGCAACGUAUAGUUGCUGUGCAAUCACCGGACGGCCAGGCUGCUCUAUGCGUGAUCGGAAGCGGAUUCGGGAUCGGGAUCGGGCUCUGCCCCGUGUGUAUAAUGAGUUUUCAAUGUAAAUUUGUUUUGUGUGGACG